AUUAUCAAUAAAGUUUGCAGUUUCCCGGAGCGACCGGGUCAGCGCUAUUCAGGGGGCCACAUUGACAACUUGUGGGUCGCAUUCCUUACCUGAAAAGACUGCUGAGUGGAGGGGCAACGUCUCAAGUCAAGUAUGUCGGACAAGCAGACCAGCGACAUUGCCCGCGACAAGGCGGCGCGCCUGUUGAAGAAGAGGGGGAGUGCGUCUUCGCUGAACACCUCCGAGGCCGUCCCACCCCCCCAGCAGUCCAAACCCCCUCCCCCUAGGGAGAGCAGACAGAGACAUGGCUCCAUCAGUACGGUGUCCUUUAUGGACGAGCCUAGCCACACAGAUGAGCUGCACCCUCCGGUGAAGCUGGAGAACACGUACCAGAUGAGCCCCACCAAACGUUUCCCUGUCAGCACAGUCAGACACAUCCUGAAGGACGUCCUGCAGAACUACCUACAGGAGGAGAGGUACGAACCUGAGCUCUGCAGGCAGAUGACCAAAACUAUCUCAGAGGUUAUCAAGGCUCGUGUAAAGGACCUGAUGGUUCCCCGCUACAAGAUCAUCUGUCUGAUCCACAUCGGUCAACUCAACAACCAGGGACUCCGCAUCGGGUCCCGCUGCCUCUGGGACCCAAACAACGACACGUUCGCCACCCAGGACUUCCAGAACGGGUCGCUAUACGCGGUGGCAACGGUGUAUGGAGUCUACUACGAAUAGAAAUCUCUGUGUCUGCAAUAAUGUGUAAACUUCAGGGUUUUGCCUCGCUCUUGGUUUCUUCCUUUCGUCUGGUUUUCAGCUGCUGUUUUCUGUCAAACUGUGGGAAUGGACAUCAUUUUUGUCAUCUAUUGAAGCAACAAGGUUUUGUACUGUAGUCUGGCUAUAUCAUGUUUCUAGUAGCCCUUUCAACAUAAUUCAUUUAUGCAUCAUGUGCUAACAAUAACAUGGACCAAUUAUUGUCAGACAGAGAACUGUCUUUUACUAUUAUGAGUCUUGUCAGAGGUCGUGAUGACUGGUUUCCAUAGUGUCUGACAAAGAAUCCUGACUGCUUGCAAUUCUACCAUGUUCUGCUAGGGGGCACAACUCACCCAACCCAGCACCAGGCCGGACAGCCUUUUUUGCCUUCCAGACUAUACCACUUUUUCCACCAACCCAGACUUAGCUCUUGUAGAUUAGCGGGUCAAUCAUCCCCAGAGGGAAGCACAGGCUAGAAAUUACAGAUGCAAGGCAAAACCCAAGUUUAUAGCCUAAGAAUGAAAUAGUUUGUUUGUAUGACUGUUAUGUAUAUGAUGAGAGCUUCAAAAGAGCUGUAAAGAUGUAAAGAAUUCUGAUUUCUAGCACAAUC